AACUGCACAGGAAAAUAACGAAACAUAAAUCGUCAAUAUAAUGGGUUUUAUUAAUCGCAAAACUGCAUUUAUAUAAAAAAUAGUAUGUGAUCAUUGAUUUGGGACUUAGAAUAAAACAGAUGUAGUCAGGGAAAACUAAUGACGAUACUUUGAUGACGAUACUUUGGCACUGAUGGCGAAGAGAAGUUUAAAUGAUAUGCUACAUUAUUGUUAAAGUAAUGGACGACCAAGACGAAAUUUCAACUCUGGGAAUUGAUCCAGAAGCGCUUGAAAGUGCUCGCGUGUUACAGUCAGUGGCAAAAGAGAUAUCAAAUGAUGAAGAAAAGACUUCUCAAUUAAGAUUAAUUGUUGAGACAAUAGCAAAUGAAUCAAUUCUCGAAGAAAGGGAUUACCUGGUUUUGACAGGCAAGACGAGAGAGUUUGUUAAUAGUCUAGGGUUUACGUCCCCGUUUUCUGUAAGUAAGACCAAAGAUAUCAUUAACAUACUGCUCUUAAUGUGGAAUCAUACAAAUGUUACCAGAUAUGUUAUGAAGAGUGUUUACAAUGUAAAUAUCGCUUCGACAGCAGAUGAGAUGAUAGAUCAGUUUCCGAGUGAUCUUAAACAGCUGGAUGCCGAGUCUGCUGAAAUUUUUGCCAAAGCUCUUAAAGACGGCUCCGAAAAUGUAAGGAAUAUCCGCCUUAUGGUCGUUGGCAUGUAUGGUGUGGGGAAAACGUCACUUGUAAAAAAUCUGAUCAAAGACUUAAGGGACGAAAAUUUAAAAAUUGAGAGCACUGAAGUCAUUGAACUGCGCAGGUGUCAGCUGAUGGAAAAUGGUGACUGGUGCUUGGACAAAUACCAAAAAGAAGCAAAAUAUAAGUGUAGGUAUCAAGACGCUUUGAAGAAAGUCAUUGAACAGCCGACAAGCAUGGAUGAAUCUUCAAAUGUACCGUCUAUCUUAGACGCACCACCUGCUGAACCUGAAGUCAACGAUUCGGUUCCUGUGCAACCAACACCUCCAUUGGAAGAAAUAAAGAAACAUGUCGUAGAACGUAAAGACGAUGAGGAAAUGAAAGGCAUAAUUAAUCUUUUUGCGAAGGCACCUGAGACUAGUGAGGAUAUUACCAUCAAUAUACCUGCUCCUGUUGAAACAGGAAUCACUGUAUCUGUUUGGGAUUUUGCAGGUCAGACACUGUACUAUUCUACCCAUCAGUUCUUCCUGAAUAAGAGGUCUAUAUAUCUUGUUCUAAUGGACAUGACUAAAAAGUUGGAUGACUGUAUAGAAGAAGAUGAAACAAGUGGAAUAUGGUGUGGUUUGAGUGAAAAAUGUACAUAUUUGGAUGUAUUUAAGUUUUGGCUGAAUGCAAUCCACAUGUACAGCGGCUAUAGGUCAAUGACAGGAAACAUUAAACCAACUGUGAUUUUAGUUGGUACUCAUAAAGAUAAAAUGAAGGGUUCUGACGAGGAGAAAGAUGUCAAGAAAGAUAAGUAUUUUGAAAAAGCACUAAAAGCAUUUGCACGUACAACGAUCUUGCGGCAUAUUCAUAAGAAAAAAUACUUGGUGAAUAAUUUAACUUCUGAUGAUCCUGUUUUUAAACAGAUACGGAAAGAAAUUCGACGUCUGGCAGAGAAGCAGGAGUUUUGGAAUGAAAAAUAUCCUGUAAGAUGGAUCCAGAUGGAACAGUCUCUUGACAAAUUGAGAGACAACAAAAAGGAACUGCUACAGAAAAAUGAAAUUAAUGCCGAAAAUCAUUCAAAUAUACUGGAAGUUAGUGAAAAGGAACUCGAUUUGUUCUUGGACAUUCAACAUAGGCAUGGAAAUAUUUUGUAUUUCAACACGGAUCAACUGAAGCAUUUGGUUGUUCUUGCCCCGCAAUGGAUCAUUGAGGUAUUCAAGUGUUUUAUCAAUCAUGUAAAAAAUAAAGAUCCUAAAUUAAGUUUACAAUGGAGCGAAUAUGAGGACAAUGCUAUUCUCAAGCCAGAGGUUUUCAAUGAAAUUAUGGACAAUGCUCUACCAAAUAUAAAAGAAAAUAGAAAACACAUCAUGAUGUACAUGGAGCAACUAGAUGUAAUGGCAAAACCCUUAAAACCUGAAGAAGCAAACGAAACCAAUGCUUUUGAAGAACAUGAACAGGAAACUGUUGAUGCAGUUGAAUACUUGAAUGUCAACUUUUUAGAUUUCCAUAUUGUUCCGUGUCGUCUGAAGAACCCACCACCUCCCAUAGUCAACUUUACUUCGCCGGAACAUUGCAAGAAAACUCCAGUUUUAUGCUUUGUGUUCGUUGAUAAUUUCAUGCCACCAUCUUUUUUCCACAGACUUGUUGCUGUGUGUAUUCGCACUUGGCCUAUCAGCCAACAAAAAGGACAAUACCUGUUGUACAAUGGACUUGCAGUGUUUGAUAUUUUUCUGACAACCUAUCGUUUGACAAUCUGGUACAAAGAUCACAUUAUUUAUGCACGAAUUACAUCUUGUUCGAAGGACCCUAUGUUUGAAUUUGAUUUUAAGUUGUGCGAUGGUGUUAGACGCAAACUCAGACAGAGUUUGGACAAUUUUGUUGCUCAAUCACUGGAGAACCCCUGGACUGCUAGAAAAUUGGAUGAGAACAUCCAAUGCCCAUACAUGAAAGAGUCUAAGUACAAUGAAGGUUUGCUCAGGGUGAAGGCAUUCGUUUAUGAACGUGAAUUGUCUUGUACGGCAUGUACGCAACAGCAUGCGGUAGGAAGGGGAGAGGCGAUGAAGGACUGGUUCAAUGAGGCAUUAUAUCAAUGGCAAAACGAGGAUGAUUUAAAUAGACCAGUUGAGGAGAGUGAUCUCUCCAGUGCAGCCAAGUUGAUCGGUAAAGAAUACUGGAUGUUGGGCAUUGAACUGGGAUUGACCGAUGAGGUAAUGGAACGACUUUAUUAUGAUAUAAUAAAGGAAGGCAAUAGGGAUCGAAGUACGUUUGUGUUUAGAUACAUGGUGAUGUGGAAGGACAAGGACGGAAAUACUGCAACACUGCAACGUCUAAAAAGAGCCAUUCAGGCUGCUCGUCUAAAUCACUAAAAUGAUUAUGUUUCCACAGCAAGCUUGUAAACAACGUAUUACUCGCGUUAUGUUUGUUUCUUUUAAUUGGGAAGAAGGAUUAAUCAAAAUUACCGUGCAACAUCAGAGUUCAGUUAGGAAUUGCAUAGUUUUGUUUUCUGACGGUCUUUAGUAUCACACAUCAUAUAUAUUAGUGACACGCAUGAUACUUCUCGUGUCAAUAGAUUAACUGUGAUGUUUGCCUGUCAUUGUUAAUUAAGUAAUUAAUUCUUAACCUUGUUUCUUAAAUGCAGGAGUAUAAAUAAAUUGGAGCUCAUAAGCCAUAGGCCCUUAUUUCUAAUUUCUACUGGGCAAGUCUUUUUUGUAAAAAAAACUACCUAUUCAAGUCAUUUUACCACUAUGUAAUUUGGUAUCCCAGGAGUUUACUUGCGUGUGUUUUAUAUAUUUCAUUUGAUUUAUAAAACCGCAUUCUCCUGCUAUCGUUAACUGAAGGUGCAACUAGUGUUUGCAUCGCUGUGUGUUUUUCCUCAAUCUUUACAAUAUCACAAAAUGAAUUGAAUGUAUAUUAUUUUUCCAUUGUUUUCUGCAACGGACAAGUACAUUUAAUUUGGAAAAUAAUUCAACCAAAACAUAUAAAGAAUGUUUCAAACUAAAGUAAUUCCAUAUUUUAUUAUAGAUUUAAACUCUGUAUAAUAUGCCACUAAACGUGUGUUUACGUAUAUUUUCUUUUAAUAAGCUUGUGCAGUUGUUGAGUAUUUUUCAUAUCCUUAUCUUUUAAGCAAAGUGAAUUAAUUGAAAAUGUUCAUUUAGCUAUAAAUUGUACAUACAUGUUUAUAUGUACGUCAUUAUCAGUAUGCAUUUUUUAUCAAAUUGAUUUUUGUUUUAAAUAUAUAACUAAAAGGUUUUGUUGUUUUAAUGAAAAGGACAUUGUUGAAGCUAUAUAUUGGAAUUUGGGACUUUUGCACUAGAGUUUUUUUUCGAAAUAAUAGUUCCCAUGACAUCUAAUUACUUACUGCCUGGUUAUAAAAUUUAGCGUUAAUCAUAAAAUGUUUAUUGAUAUCAAUUGUUGUUGGGUAACAUUUUUAAAUAAACGUGUACAUGUGGUUUUUUGUAAAUUUAUAAAAUUUUGUUUUUUUGUAGCUUUUUUAUAUGUUUUACAAAUAUUCAGUUUUGUUGAUGUUGCCUAUAUCUUGCAGUAAGCAAGAGACCCUAAUGGACUGUUUGAUUCCGAUAUAAAGAAUUUUGUUGCUAAGUGGAUUUAUUGAAUUGUGUGUGCUUUGUUUAAUGUCUGCAACACAGAGCCUAUAUUCUAAAACUGGCGCAUUGGCAAUGCCAUUAGUCAUAUGUAUGGUUAUAUGGAAAAUACUGGUAGAACAUGCAUAAUAAGCAGACAUAUAUUUUGAAGUUUAAUUUAUGGAUCUGUAAGGAAAAUACUCUAAAUAAUAUAUUCGAUGUAUAUAUAGAACUGCUACAAAUGGCACAAUUCCUGCACAACGCCAUGGCCUGACAAUAGCGAAAAGUACGGUUCAAAAAUGAAUAAUUAUGCAAAAGGACUGUAUAGUAACUGCCCAAACAUUGUUUUCCUGAAAAUAAGUUGACAGCAGUUGAUGACAAACAGUGAAAAAAAUCUGACUCUACAACAGGUCGGCCAAUCCCCUUGGUACAUAUUGUUCUAUGAUUUAAUAUUUACAGAGACGUUAAGCAAAUUUGACCUUUUUGUAUAAUCCAUAGACAAUAAAUGAAUGAAGAUAAACAAUUUUAAUGUGUGUAAGAACACCCUAAAUAGUUGUCGGGUAGUGUAAAGUUCAACGUGAUUUGCUGGAUAUUUACUGCAGGAAACAUCUAAUCAAUGAACACCCGUUCAAAAGCACAUGUAUUAAAGUAUCCAAAUUACAAGGCAAAUAUAGCUUUUUGAAAAUAGAAACAAAAACAUAUUUACAAAUUUCUAUUUAAGAACGCACACUCAAUAUCGGAUAAGUUCUAUGAAAUUACGAACAGUACCUUGGUAAGGCAUACAUACCAACAAAAACGCUGAAUUUCAAAACAACGUAAAACAUGUCUUAUAGAAUUUUUAGUUUUAAUCAUUGAUCACAUGUGCCCAAAUAAGGACUUAUGAUCGUUUUGAAUGAAACUUUAUGUCUUAAUUUGAUGACAAGCUAGUAGUUUAUUUGCCGAAUGUAUGAUUUUCUAAUAGGUAAAUGUAUUUGAUAUUGUUAUACAGUGUUUUUUGUGUAUUGUUGCUUUUUGAAGAAAAUAGUUUGGCAUAGUUCAGACAAUAGCGUUAUGGUGGAAAUUUGACACUUUUAUAUUUUUAUGUUAUAUAUUGGGUAUUUUUGAUUUAGGUCUGUAUGUUUUAGCAGUAUAGAGUUAAACAAGUUGGAACGAAAUGAGUAUGUUUUGGUCAAUAUAGUAAUUAAACGCAUGAUGUUUUAAAUUGCUUAUUUAAUUCGAUAAUAUUGUAUUAUUAUCCAUGUCUAAUAUUCAAAGAUAUCUUGAUGUUUGCAAUUUAAAAAAGUUUGACCAUACAUGUGUUUAAAUAAGGAAUGGGUUUGCAUUAUUUUGUGUUUUCAGUAAAAAUUAAUUGUACAAUCAUCACUAAUUUUACAUUUAACUGGACGUGUCUUUGUUUGUUACAAUAAUUGAGAUACCUUGAAGUGAGCUGAAUAUGAUAUGUAGCGAAAUAGUAAUGAUCAAUAUGGAUAUUUUAAUGAUGUUAGUAAAUUAUAUUUAUUUGUUCACCUUCAUUUGUGGAAAUUGUGUUGAGUGAAAUGUAAUUUACGUUAUGCACCAUACCACAUGUUAUUAAAACAUGUAUUCAUGCACACGUACAUUAUCAAUGACAAAACAUGUUGCAAAAUGAAUCAGCCUACAUGCUUAUGUUGGAGGUAGACACUAUAUUGGUGUCAGUUGGUGUUUUGUUUCCUCUUAAAAGAUUGUAUGCGGUAAUUAUGCAGAAAUUGAUGAGUGUCCUAUUUCAGAAAUAAUUUUCGGUUUUGAGUUGUAAAUUUCUUAACAAGCAUAUAAAUUAUAUCGGAACUAUUAUAUCACAGUUUUGAAUAACGUUUUCUAGUAAAAGAAAAGGUAAUAUUUAUUUUUUCGUAAAUGGACUUGUUUUAUAAGUGUCAAAUUAAAAAUAAAUCUGAUCCUGUGUUCGUUCAUAUCCAAAUGUGUAUUAUCAUUUUAUACUUAAUACUCUAAUUCCCCAUUUUAUAACUGGUUUAUUUUACAACUUUGUAUACGUUUGUUGUACGUUAAUUAUAGAAUGCUAAAUAUGUAUGCCUUUUGGAUAUACCUGGGAUUUUUUUAACUAAAACUGCGCGUAAAAACAGUCAUUUUAACAAAUAAAGGUAAAAUUAAUUAAUUAAAAAUACAUGCAUUGCGAACUUCCAUGUAUUCCAUAUUACAUAUUUAAGUUCUACCAGGAUGGCUUUAAACAACUUUGAAUUUUAUAUUUUAAGUUAUUUUUAUGCCCCCCGAUCGAAUGAUCGAAUAUUGUUUUUGGCCUGUGCGUCUGUCAUUGUGUGUGUCUGUCCAAAAACUUAACAUUGGUCAUAACUUUUGCAAUAUUGAAGAUAACUACUUGAUAUUUGGCAUGCAUGUUUAUCUCAUGGAGCUGCACAUUUGGAGUGGUGAAAGGUCAAGGUAAAGGUCAUCAUUCAAGGUCAAAGGUCAUAUAUGUCUUUAAAGCGGCGCAAUAGGGGAAAUGUUUCACAAACACAGCUUUUGUUUGAUUUAAUGGAUUCCUCAAACACGUAUAAUCGAUCUAAUGUCAAUAAGUAGUAUAUGUAGUAUUAUCUUACCCAUGUAUAUGUGUUGAGUUUUAUGUAACAAUUUCAUAUGUAUUGAUGUUCGCAUUGUUAUUGAUGUAAUUUGACAUGCAUAUUAUUCCUGUAUGAAUAUUAGUUUUUAACCAGGUUUUCCGAAGGAAAAAACUGGUUAUUAGAUUGGAGAAUGCGAGCGGGCUGGCGGGCUGGCUGGCGGGCGGGCGGAACAAGCUUGUCCGGGCCAUAACUAUGUCGUUCAUUGUCAGAUUUUAAAAUCAUUUGGCACAUUUGUUCACCAUCAUUGGACGGUGUGUCGCGCGAAAUAAUUACGUCGAUAUCUCCAAGGUCAAGGUCACACUUUGAGUUCAACGGUCAAAAAUGGCCAUAAAUGAGCUUGUCCUGGCCAUAACUAUGUCAUUCAUUGUGAGAUUUUAAAAUCAUUUGGCACAUUUGUUCACCAUCAUGGGACGGUGUGUCGCACGAAAGAAUCACGUCAAUAUCUUCAAUGUCAAGGUCGCCACGACUAAAAAUAGAUUAAAAAAAAAAAACUAACAAAGGGGGUUAAUUUUGUUUGUUCAUUUCAAAAGUUCAGUUUGAGUUUUCUCCCUUUAUCAGAUUUUUUUUCACAAUGAAAACCUGGUUUUGUGACAAUUUUGUCCCUUGUUUAUUCAUGAUAUGAAUUUAAAUAAUUUCAUAUCAGAAAUAAAUAAUUGCUUUAACAUGUUUACUACCGAAUUAGUUUAAUCACCACACUUGUAUGAUGUUAAGUCCCUUUAUGUUGCAAUAUGAUGAGCUGUUGUGAUCACCCUGUGUCAUCGUUCGUCAUGUGUCGUCAACUUUUAGCUUGUUAUCACACAAGAGGCAACAUUUUUAUAUAUAUUCGAAAUGAAACGAUGUUAGAUGGUUUAUCUUUAAAAUAUCAAAGCUGAGUUUAAAUCUGGGUCGAAAAAAUAGGACAAAAGGUCAAAUCUUAGAAAAACCUUGUAAUCACUCUAUAUGUCAUAUUUACAACUUAAUCUUAAUGAAACUUGAUCGGAAUGUUUAUCUUAAAAAUGUAUAGGCCGAGUUGAAAUGUGUGAAAUGAACGUCUGAAAUCUAGGUAACCGGAUAUAAUCUUAUUAAAAAAGUGUUAUAACUGUAGAGGCCAUAUUUAUUUCCCAAGUGUGAUGAAACCUGAUCAGAAUGUGUACUUUGAUAGAUCGAGUGCAAUACUUGGGCAUGUGCGUCCAAAAACUAGGUCACGUUUCCAGAUCAUAGAAAAACAUUGGUAUCACUGUACAGGCCACAUUAAUGGCUCAAUCUUGAUAAAACUUGGUCAAAAAAGUAACCAUAUCAGGGCUGAAUUUAAAUCCAAGUAACGUCCUUCCAAAAUGUUACUAGGUCAACUCUUACAAAAACCUUGUCAUUUAAUUGGUUAUGACUCAUACUUGAUGAAGCUAUGUCAUAUAGUUUCGGUUACAAUAUAAAGGCUUAAUUCAUAUCUGGCUCAUAUGAAUUCAACACGUAGGUCACCAGGUCAAAUCUUAGAAAAACCUCGUUUCCUCGCUAGAUGGCACAUGCAUGGGUAAGUCCUGGAAAAUGUUUAGACGAUUGGUUUCCCUCGACCUAAGGUGAGCGCUUCAGGGCCAUCACGACCUUCUUGUUUUUGUUUUAAUACCAGAAUAACGUUUCGCUCUUCGGGAAAACAAAAUCGUAUUCAUAUAAUGCACCGUAAAUUACGUGUAAACAUCAACUGAUAUUUUUGUAGUGUCUGUCCUAAGAAUAAUUUGAUGCUUUUGCGUGUUAACUGAAACAAACUUUAACAAAAAUGGCCCUAAAACGCUUCAAAUUUUUUUAAUAGUUUUGUUCGAAUUGUGUGCAACUUCAAAUGGAGUUUAAGACAAUGAUAAUAUUGUAUGUCGGUCAGGUAAAACUCUAGAUUCUUGUGAUUACAGUUGUUAUUUUUUAUUUAAACAUUCAAUCUCAAAUCCUCAUUGUGAACUUUCGAAAACAAUGCUAUAACAACUGGAGUAACACUGUCAUGGUUUUUUGUUCACGUUGAAAACGAUUCCUGUAGCGCAAACGGAUAAAAUCAAAAAAGAUAUAUAGAUGUUAAAUAGUUGUCCUUAUCAAGAUUGUUUUUGCUUCUGUUUCACAUAAAGGGACUUACAAUUGUGCUUAUGAUAUGUGUGCCAAAAAUAUAAAAAAUGAUAAUACAUGCAUGUUCUCGUAAUUUACUUUAGUUUAUUUUUAAGUAUUUGUUUAAUUGUGUGUAUAUGAAAUUGUUAAACAACAUGUUCAAGGGGUUAAUCGAUGCCACUCUCUACCAAAUAGUAAGAUGUGCAUAGUGCUAUGAAAAUUGUACGUUUUAUUUGAAUAAAAUCGUAUAUUCUGUUUGAGACAAUACAUGAAAGUUAAGACGAAGUUUAACACAGACGUCGCACUAAAAAUGUUCUUUUCUUAGCUACAAUGUAAUAACAUAGCAUGAACUUUUCAUUUGGUGCACACCGUUACAAAUAUUUCACAUUAGUUCAAACGAACAUACACAAUUAAUUUGCAUUGGGGUUGAAGAUUUCUGUUCAUGUUUGUAUGCCAAUGAUGUUGUCUAUAAUCUACCAUCGAUAAACCCCUUUAGUGUUUGUAUAUAUAAUUUAGCUUUUGUCAUUCAUACUUAGAAGUGUACAGCUGUUCCCAUUCGGUGGUGGCGUUUGUAUUCAGAAACCACCUUGUCAGUCCGAUGUGUGUUGAGCCGUCUGUCGCGAAAUGUGUCUGUCUAUUUUCCAUGUGAACGAAUAUCAUGAUUGAAAAACAAACGCGAUAUGAUGCACAAAAUCAAGUUGGCUUUUUAUUUUAAGUCGAAAGGUCAAGACAGCAAACGUUAAUGAAAACUCAAAAGGUUUAACUGUUCGAACUUAGCAUAACCAUAAAAUCAGCAUGUGAAUGUAAACCUCUAUUUGUUACAGAAACAUAUGGGACAUUAGUUCAAUAUAUUGGAGUAUUCAUGUCAUUUAUACCUCUUAACUGCUUUACAAUUUUGUUGCGUGUGCGAUAUCUAGACAUGUAUACAAUCAUAUGAAUUCAAAUGAUCUUGUACGAAGCGUCUAAAUAAAUACCAAUACAUACGAGAGGGCUUAAAUAAAGGCAUUUUAUCUUGCAAUGAACAGUGUACCUAGAGUCGGCAUCGGAGUUCACAUCGAUCCCAUGUAGAAAUGUAUGUAUAUAUAUAGACAUGAUCAUACUGUGAUUAUAAGACUUCGUAUAUAGAUAUGUUCAUACUUACCACUAAAUUUUAAAAAAUCGCCUUUUGUCCGUCGUGCGGCGUCAACAUUUGCCUUGAUAACACUCUAGAGGCCACAUUUAUUAUCCAAUCUUCAUUAAAUUUGGUCAGAAGAUUGGUCUCAAUGAUAUAAUGAUAUCUUGGGCGAGAUUGAAAAUGGUUACGGUUGCUUGAAAAACAUGACAGCCAGGGGGCGGGGCAUUUUUCAUCAAAUGGCUAUAUAUGGCUAAAGUAAAACCUUGUAAACACUCUAGAGGCCACAUUUAUUGUCCGAUCUUCAUGAAACUUAGUCAGUAGAUUCGUAAUGAUAUCUUGGACAGGUUUAGAAAUGACUCCGGUUGGUUAAAAAACAUGGCCCCCAAGGGGAGGGGCAUAUUUUUCUUAUAUGGCUAUAGUAAAACCUUGUUAACACUCUAGAGGCCACAUUAACUGUCCGAUCAUCAUGGCACUUGAUCAGAAGAUUUGACCCAAUAAUAUAUUGGACGAGUUUAAAAAUGGUUCCGUUUGGUUGAAAAACAUGGCCGCCAUUGGGCGGGGCAUUUUUCCUUUUAUUAUAUGGCCCUAGUAAAACCAUGUUAACACCCCAGAGGCCACAUUUAUGGUCCGAUCUUCAUGAAACUUGGUCAGAACAUACGUCCCAGAGACAUCUUGAUUGAGUUCGAAAAUGAUUUUUUCUAUUGAAAAACAUGGCCGUCAGGGGGCUGGGCAUUUUUCCUUAUAUGACUGUAUAUGGCUACAAUUAAACCUAAACACUCUAGAGGUCAUAUUUAAUAUCUGAUCUUCAAGAAACUUGGUCAGAACUUGUCUCAAUUAUAUCUUGGACGAGUUCGAAAAGGUUUUGGUUGGUUGAAAAACAUGGCCGCCAGGGGCGGGGCAUUUUUCCUUAUAUAGCUAUAGUAGAAAAUUGUUAACAAUCUAAAAUUCACAUGUAUUGUCCAAUCUUCAUGAAACUUGGUCAGAACAUUUGAUCUAAUGAUAUCUUGAACGAGGUUAAACAUGGUUCCGGUUGCUUGAAAAACAUGGCCGCAAUGGUGCGGAGCAUUUUUCCUUAUACAUGUAUGGCUAUGUAUUACUAUAGUAAACCUUAUUAACACUCUAGAGGCCACAUUUAUUGUCUGAUCUUAAUUAUACUUGGCACGAUUAUUAGUCCCAAUGAUAUCUUGGUCGAGUUCGAAAAUGGUUUCAGUUGGUUGAAAAACAUGGCCGCCAGGGGGCGGGGCAUUUUUCCUUUUAUUGCUAUAGUAAAAACUUGUUAAGUCUCUAAAAGGCACAUUUAUUGUCCAAUCUUCAUAACACUUGGUCAGAAAAUUUGUUUUAAUAAUAUCUUGGAUCACUUCGAAAAUAGUUCCGGUCUGUUGAAAAACAUGGCCGCCAGGGAUCGGAGAAUUUAUCCUAAUAUGGCUAUAGUGAAACCUUGUUACCACUCUAAAAGUAACAUUUAUACAUGUAGUUCACUCUUCAUAAAACUUUGUCAGAUAAUUCUAAUGAUAUCUUUGGGCUGCACUGAGCAGAUCAGUUUCUUUGUAUCUCAAGUGAGCGCCGUUGGACCUUUCAGUCCCUCUUGUUACUAUUCUCAUGUAAGAAUAAAUAAUUUAAGAUGAAUUAUCUUGUUUACCAUGUGCAAUGAUGUACCAAAAUUCAACAGGUUAGUUUAACUUUAGCUAAAAAUGCAUUUCUUGCAAAACUAAUACUUCGAACAAGCUCUGUUUAUGUAUUAAAUAGAUUUGACUUACAGCCAACUGUAGCAUUUACAUGGAAGUCAAUAUAAUAGACUGAAUAGAAUAUAUAGGUAACGUAUAUAGUCGAUUGGUUCAAUGUUUUAAUACGCAUUAGAAGCAAAAGAAAAAAGACUCAAUAGUUUAAUUUCAACUAGAUUUGGAACUGUUUUAUCUGAAUGUCUGAUACCAUGUUUUUAUCAAUGGCUGAAUGAGACAAUAAAUAUAUUAUUCAUA